AUACUCUUGAUUCGUAAAUUAAAUUUCAAAUCAAAACAAAUCAAAUCAACAAAAAUUUUCAAUUUUUCAAGUUUAUAAUAAUCAACAAAAAAAAAACAAAGAAUUGAAAAAUAUUUACAUAGUUUCACAAGCAAUAAUGGACAAAACUCCAGGAAAAGUACUGCGAAAUCAGCAUUUGGAAAAAGUUGCCAGCCAAAGUACCCCAAUUAAAAUCCCGGCAUCGCCUUUAAUGAAAAACCUCGGAUAUGGUACGUAUGUAAAUGUCUAUAAACUAGAUCGUUCGCCCAGAUGUGGACAAAUUCGUUCUCCUUGGGCAGUGAAGCGUAUCUCACGAAGAGCACGCGGUGCAGGAAAGCUUGAGUACAAUAAAAGAAUUCAAGAAGAGAGCGAUAUUCUCAGAAAACUCACACAUCCAAAUAUAGUGGGCUUCCGGGGUAUUCAAAAAUCCGAAGAUGGCAUGUACUCACUAUUGCUUGAGUGUUGCCAAACAUGCUUGGGAACGAUUCUUGAAAAUCGUUUUGAAGAUGACCUCGGAGCCUUACCUGCCAAAAACACCAUAAAGAUGAUUUUCGACAUCUGCAAAGCAUUAGACUUUUUACACAAUGAGGCAAAGCUUCUGCAUGGCGACCUGAAAUCUUCCAACAUUCUUGUCCAUAAUGAUUUCGAAAUCUGCAAGCUUUGUGACUUUGGUGUAAGUCUUCCUUUGGAUGAGAAUGGCUUUAUUAAUUUUGAUAAAAAUCCUGAAGUGCAAUAUGUUGGGACGGCAGUUUGGUUAGCUCCGGAAGUUAUUGACGUCGAAGAUGUUAUUGAUGCCAAAGCUGACAUCUUUAGCUUUGGACUUACUAUUUAUGAAACAAUAUCACUUUGCCCUCCACAUACCAUAUAUAUAAGCGACGAAGAUUCCAAAGAGUCAUUUAAAGAUGAAUCCUUGGAUUGCUCUGGUAUCGAAAGAGCUUAUGGAACUCGACCACCUUUACCACAAGCAUUUGAAUUUACAGCUGAAUAUAAUAAAAUUUUGGAAAUAUUUUACUAUUGUACAAAUGAAGCUGCUGAGGAUAGACCUUCUGCUAAAGAAAUUUGGGUUUCACUUGAAAAUAGUUUCAAUUGAAGUUAAUAGUUAUGAAGUUAAUUGUUAUGUAAUCAUUGUAUUUUUAAAAUAUUUGAUGAAAUAAAAGAACAACCAGUUUUAUCUCUAAA